AUGUCAUCCAACGUCAAAGUCAUCAUCGUAGGAGGUGGUCUGUCUGGUCUCUCCGCCGCUCAUACCGUCUUGGAGAGAGGUGGCAAUGUGAUCCUUCUCGACAAGAACAGUUUCAUGGGUGGUAACUCAACUAAAGCUACUAGUGGUAUCAACGGUGCUGGUACACAGACCCUCGGUAUACCAGAUACAUCAGCUAAAUUCUUCGCCGAUACCAAGAAAUCAGCAAGAGAUCUCGCCCGAGAUGACCUAAUCAAAGUAUUAACUUACAAAUCCGGUGAUGCAGUCAAUUGGCUGGUAGAGAAAUUCAACUUGGAUCUAUCAAAAGUAUCCAGACUCGGUGGUCACUCUGAAAAGAGGACACAUAGAGGUGGUCAACAGUUCCCUGGUAUGACCAUCACUUAUGCUCUGAUGGAAAAGCUCGAAGAUUUGGCUGAGAGUGCACCUGAUAGAGUCAAAGUAUUGAAGAAAGCUAAAGUAACCAAAUUGUUAAAUGAGGGCGAUAAGGUCGUUGGUGUCGAGUAUGAGAAAGAUGGUAAAAAAUUCACCGAACAAGGUCCUGUCAUCCUCGCCACUGGUGGAUACGCUGCCGACUUCACUGGCGACUCUUUGCUCAAGAAACACAGACCAGAAUACUACGAUUUACCCACAACCAAUGGUGAUCACUGUACUGGUGACGGACACAAGAUGGCUAUGGCCAUCGGUGCGAAGGGUAUUGAUCUUGAAAAGGUCCAGGUGCACCCUACUGGUCUUGUCGAUCCCAAAGAACCCAAUGCCAAGGUCAAAUUCCUCGCUGCUGAAGCUCUUCGAGGUGUCGGUGGUCUUCUUAUCGAUAACACCGGUAGUCGAUUCGUGGAUGAACUUCAACAUCGAGACUUCGUAACUGGGAAGAUGUGGGAGAACAACAAAUUCCCUAUCCGACUCAUCCUCAAUGGACAAUCUAGUAAGGAGAUCGAAUGGCACUGCAAGCAUUACGUUGGACGAGGUCUUAUGAAGAAGUUCAAUAGUGGUGAAGAGCUGGCUAAAGAGAUGGGCAUUAAACGUGAAGCUUUGAAGAAGACGUUUGACGAGCACAACCACUACGCCAAGAACCCUGGAACCGAUCCAUUCGGCAAGAAGUUCUUUAGUGGAGGUGACUUUAAAAUGGACGAUAUCUACCACGUUGCUUUGAUGACACCUGUACUCCACUACACCAUGGGUGGUCUCGAGAUCGGUACGGACUCUGAUGUACAUGACUCCAAUUCUAAACCUAUCCCAGGUCUUUACGCUUGUGGUGAAUUGGCAGGUGGUGUGCAUGGUGCGAAUCGAUUGGGAGGCAGUUCUCUUCUCGGUUGUGUCGUCUUUGGUCGAGUUGCCGGUGAUGCUGUAUCUUCAUACCUCCUUUCUACCUUGGCCAACGAACGAGCCGCCAACCGAUUGUCCAACGUCGCUGGCCACUUGCUUGAAACCAAGAUCCGAGUCGAUCCAAACUCCAAGAAUGUCAACCUUGAAUUCUCAUGGGCUGAUAACGAUAACUCCGGAUCUCAAUCGUACUCAUCUGGUGGAGCUGGAGGACAACACACUGAAGUUCACGGUACCCGACAAGGAGCUCAGGAUGCAAGUGUACCAGCCAAUUCUCAACCUGCUAAAGAAGGUGAUAAGACUUUAGCACAAGUCGAGCAAGAGAAAUUACCUGAACCUAAAGAAAAGCAAAAAUCAGGUGGUAAGACCAAAGGGGAAUAUACCGUUGAAGAAGUUGGGAAACAUAAUAAGGAAGAUGAUUGUUGGGUGAUCAUUGAUGGUGAGGUUUUAGAUGUCACCAAUUUUUUAGCGGACCAUCCAGGUGGUGCCAAGGCGAUCUUACUAUAUGCCGGACGGGAUGCUACCGAGGAAUUCGCUAUGAUCCACCCUCCGAAUGCUAUCAGCAAGUACGCUCCCGAUACUGUCAUUGGCAAGAUCAAGGCUUAG